CGUUGCCACUGUGCACACAAAUCAUUUUUCUUUCCGCACUGCUCAACCAACCGACCGACCACUCACUGACCGCGAGUGACCAUCCAUCCAGCCAAUUCACAACCGUCUCGUUCUCUCCACCUCUUAGCACCAGCAUCAUGGCUCAGAAGGAACCCAUCAACGUGUGCGUGACCGGCGCCGCCGGCCAGAUCGCCUACUCCCUUCUUCCCCUCAUCUGCCGCGGCAACGUCUUUGGCGAGGACCAGCCCGUGAACCUGCACCUGCUUGACAUCACUCCCAUGAUGGGCACGGUCAACGGAGUCAUCAUGGAGCUCUCGGACUGCGCCUUUGAGCUCGUCAACAAGAUUGUUGCCACGGACGAUCCCAUGGUCGCCUUCAAGGACUGCGACGCAGCCAUGCUGGUUGGUGCAAUGCCACGCCGCGAGGGUAUGCUCCGCAAGGACCUGCUGGAGAAGAACGCCGGCAUCUUCAAGGUGCAGGGCGCCGCGCUGGACAAGGUUGCCAAGAAGACUGUGCGUGUUGUCGUUGUCGGCAACCCGGCCAACACCAACGCCCUCGUCACCUCCGAGUUUGCUCCCAGCAUCCCAAAGUCCCAGUUUACCGCACUCACCCACCUCGACCAGAGCCGCGCGCGUGCCAUGGUUGCCGAGCGCGCCGGCGUCAACACGAGCCAGGUGAAGAACGUCAUCAUCUGGGGCAACCACUCCUCCACCCAGUACCCGGAUGUCGAGCACGCCGUGAUUGUGAGCGCUGACGGCGCGCGCACGUCUGUGAAGAAGGCCGUUGGCGACGAGGCAUGGCUCCAUGGUGACUUCAUCAAGGCUGUGCAGACGCGUGGCGCUGCUGUGAUCAAGGCGCGCAAGCUGUCCAGCGCCAUGUCGGCCGCAAAGGCUGUGGCAGACCACAUGCAUGUCUGGUGGCACGGCACAAAGGAGGGCGAGUUCACGUCGAUGGGUGUGAUGACGGAUGGCAGCAAGUACGGCAUCAACGCAGGCAUUGUCUUCUCCAUGCCCGUCACCAUCAAGGACGGCGUCAUCAGCGUUGUUGAGGGGCUGGAGAUCAGCGAUUUCUCGCGUGACAAGAUGCGCGCAACCGAGCACGAACUGCAACAAGAGCGGGAGACGGCACUCAAGAUUGUGCAGUGACUCGCAAAGCUGCAGGCGCACCUGUGACGCGGAGCGCAAACACGCCGGCCUCACUAUCCACCACCACCACUAGAACAACACCCGCCAUCAUUCUUUUUGUGGUCAUCGCCUGGCGUGUAUAUGAACAAGCAUGAAUUGGCGCACUUGCCAUUUCCUGGUUCAUCCCCGCUGCCCCGCUGUUUGUUAUCCUUGUUCACUGUGCUGCUUCAGCCACGCAGUCAUCCACCACGACGACCUCACAUGCCAGCUGGCUCUUUGUUGUCCCGCGAAAUAUUCCGAGCAACCAAGGGCCCCAAAGUAAAGUUACACAUUCAACAUUCAGCAUCCA